AUGAACGGAAACUGGUGUCUUAUUGAAAGCGAUCCAGGCGUGUUUACUGAUUUAAUACGUGCACUACAUGUGAAAGGAACGCAAGUAGAAGAAGUAUGGAGUCUGGACGAUCAGACAUUGGAAGAACUCAAACCAAUUUAUGGGUUGAUAUUUUUGUUUAAAUGGCAAGGCGGUAAUGACAGUUCACAAAUUCCACCUGAAGCAGACUUGAGCCUUGAUGAUGACGUUUACUUUGCAAAACAGGAUAGAGGUCUGGCCAUGACAAAUAGCGACUCCAUUCGAACCGUACACAACAGUUUUGCGCGUGCAGAUCCUUUCAUAACCGAACCCACGAGAGCAGCUACCGAAGAUGACGAUUUAUUUCAUUUUAUCUCAUACAUACCAGUAAAUGGUGCUUUAUAUGAAUUGGAUGGGCUCAGUGCUGGUCCAGUGAAUUUGGGGCCAUGUACCGCAGACAAUUGGCUUGAAAAAGCCCGCGAAGUUAUACAAGAACGAAUGGCUCGUUAUGCCGCUUCAGAGAUUCGAUUUAAUUUAUUAGCAGUCAUCAAAAAUCGUGCAGAAUUAUAUCACGAGCGCAUAUCUGAGAAUGAAAGCCGGCUAAUGGAAGCAUCCGCAUCAGGCGACUCUGAAACAAUUAUGAGAUUGACAGAAGAGAAUUCAGUAUUAUCACAAAAGAUAGAAAGGGAACACGAGAAAUUCCGCCGUUAUGAGCGCGAGAAUUCUCUCCGGAAACAUAAUUUCAUACCGCUUAUAUACAAACUUGUUCAAAUUAUGGCGGAGCGGGGCGAACUAGAAAAUAGAAUUGAAUAUGCCAGGCAGCAAGCAAACAAGAGACAGAGGGAUCGCGCCGAAAAGAAGAAGCAAAGUGAGGGAGCAUAA